GUGACUUUUUCCGUUUCGCCAUUUUCCUCUUCUCCGCCGGAGCUGCCGCUGCCCGUCCUCGCUGCUUCGCGGUGUUCUAAGCUGCCCAGAGGUGACGGUGGGACAGGGGAACCCCCACCGCCGAAGAGAGAGAGCGAGACAGAGGAUAUUGCGCCGUUGAGCUUUGUCGUCCGAAGGGAAGCGCGACAAUGUCUUCUGAGGAGAGCCCCGAGUACUCACCUUUCUUCGCCGUGAUGGGAGCCUCCGCGGCCAUGGUCUUCAGCGCAUUAGGAGCAGCCUAUGGGACCGCUAAGAGUGGCACAGGCAUCGCGGCCAUGUCUGUGAUGCGGCCAGAGCUCAUCAUGAAGUCCAUCAUCCCUGUCGUCAUGGCCGGUAUCAUCGCCAUCUACGGGCUGGUGGUCGCCGUGCUGAUAGCGAACAACAUCUCUGAGAGAGUCAGUCUCUACAAGAGUUUCCUGCAUCUGGGCGCCGGUCUGAGCGUGGGCCUGAGCGGUCUGGCGGCCGGCUUCGCCAUCGGCAUCGUGGGCGACGCCGGGGUGAGGGGCACCGCUCAGCAGCCCCGGCUGUUCGUGGGCAUGAUCCUCAUCCUGAUUUUCGCCGAGGUGCUGGGGCUCUACGGCCUGAUCGUGGCCCUCAUCCUAUCCACAAAAUAAGCGUCUCUCCGUCCAACCACCAUCUCAUCCAUUCCACGUCGACGCAGCGAGAACAAACAGGAGCGUUUCACCUUCUUCCAUGACAACCCGCGGAUCUGACAGGAUGGGAUGGCAGCAGAAACACGCCGGCCAGCCGCCGCUGACGACGGCCCCGUCCUCUGUAGAUGUGACCUAUUCCCUUUUGUUUUGAGCCAUCCGGUUGUGUCGGGUCUUGUGCGUACAGAACGGGCAUGAACAUGUACUGUUUGUUGUGAGAUGAUGUGUGGACAGUCUGCCUGAUUAUAUCGUCUAAUCUUAAAACUGUACAGUGAUCCAGAGUCCUCCCACCCCCCAGUAACCGUAGUAACCAGUCUGUGCUGUGAGUGUGAGUAUCAACGUUUACCCCCCCCCCCCUCUCCUUCAUCCACCCAUUCCUCUUUUUGAUUUCCGUCUUCUGUUGGUGGAUUUUAAUCAUCUGUUUUUCAGGCUGCUGAAAAGUUGUGCACACUGGUAUUUAAUUUUUCUUUUUUUCAUGUUCUUUUUUGGGAACCAUCUUUGAAUCUCUGAAACUUUUUUUUUUUGUCACUAUUUAUGGAAAGCUAUGAAGAUUUUUGAAGCCGUCUAAAUGGAACUGUUUAUUGAAAUUCUCUAUAUACAUAAAAUCUAUAAAUUAUCUGUGUAUAGUUAGAUUUAUUGCACUGUGGGUAAUUGUGCUUGGAUUCCUCUGGAUAUAGUGUGAUUAUUAUUGGAGGAUGUCCACAUGUUCACAUGGAGAUGAGUGUGUGUGUGUGUGUGUGUGUGUGUGAGAGAUCUGAGUGCAUAAUGUGUGAUUUUAUGUUUGAUAUGACAUUCUCAGACACUAGUAUUGUUUACUUGUAGUGCUGCUGUCUUUAUUUUGUUUUUUUGUUGUUCAAAGUGGGAGCUCACUGUUCAGCCAUGCCUGUCAGAUUUCCAAAUAAAACUCAACCUCCUCCAUUCA